CAGGCCGGCUGGUAACGGUCCCUUCAGCCCGCCCACUGCUUAGUGCGCUUGGCGCAUGCGCGGAGCCGCGGCGGUCGGGCGGGCCUCGGCCCCGAGGGGUGACCAUGGCCGGGCAGCUAGAGUCGCUCCGCGGGGUGGAGAUCGAUCCGGACGGCACGUUCAAGUACAUCCUGGUGCGGGUGCAGCGCGCGGGGGGAGCCGAGCACCGGGACGUCGUCAGGGGCACCGCGGCCGCCGAGUUCCACAAUCAUAUAUUUGAAAAAGUAAACCCUGAAAUGGAAAAGUUGGGCUUUGAAUGCAAGUGCCUUGGAGGAGGAAAAAUUGACCAUAAUAGCAAAGACAAGAAAAUGAGGGUAUUUGGUCUCUCCACAGGAUAUGGUAAAGCAGAUCAUGCAGUGACUGUAGAAAUACUGAAAAAAGUAUACCAAGACUAUGAAAUCACUUGGUCAGAUGACAAGAAAUGAAGAACUAUUCUGGAAUCUGAAAUACAAAGCAGAUAUAGUAUUGAAGUCUUCGUUAUGCUCAAAUAAAUCACUGUUAGCUUUA